GCUCAGACAGAAAGCAGACCGGCUGUCCCAGGCUGCGCUGAUCCUUCACUCUCUGCUUUGCUCCCUCCUCUUCAUCACUGGCCACCUGCCUCUCCGAGAAUAACUCAGACAGCUUAGGCCGAGCAAAACUCACCGCAAACGGGGAGGCGACACAGGAUCCCGACCGGUGUCCCGAUCUCUAUCUGGCAUCCGCAAACCCAUUUCCCCUCCUUGCGCACCGGGCGCUACCAGCGCUCCACCAGCCCGGCACAGCUCUCACUCAACCCCGGGAUUCCCUCGCCCGUCCGUCCCCUCAGUGGAGCCACUUGCAUGGAUGCAGCAUGGCCACGUUUGUCUGCAGGGUUCAGUUUUUAGAUGACACCGAUCCGUUCAACAGCACCAACUUUCCAGAGCCGACCAGACCCCCGCUGUACACUUUCAGAGAGGAUAUCCCCCUCAUUAACCAGUUAGCAGGCGUCCACCGGCUCCUCAAAGCUCCACAUAAGCUUGAUGAUUGUGCACUUCAGUUGUCCCACAAUGGAACCUAUCUGGACCUGGAGUCCUCACUGGCUGAGCAAAGGGACGAGCUGGAGGGCUUUCAGGUGGAUGACACUGGAUCCAGAGGGAAGAAGCACAGUGUCAUUUUGCGGACUCAGCUGACCGUCCGUGUACACGCCUGCAUUGAGAAACUCUAUAACUCCAAUGGACGGGACUUGAGGAGGGCCCUGUUCUCCCUAAAGCAAAUUUUUCAGGAUGACAAAGACCUGGUCCAUGAGUUUGUGAUGGCCGAAGGUCUGACGUGUCUCAUUAAAGUGGGAGCAGACGCCGACCAGAACUACCAGAACUACAUAUUAAGAGCUCUGGGGCAGAUCAUGCUGUACGUGGACGGGAUGAAUGGCGUCAUCAGCCACAAGGAGACGAUCCAAUGGCUCUACACCCUGGUUGGCUCAAAGUUCCGUCUGGUGGUGAAAACGGCUUUGAAGUUGCUGCUGGUGUUUGUAGAGUACUCUGAAUCCAACACGCCGCUUCUCACACAGGCCAUCACCUCUGUGGACGCAAAGAGAGGCUGCAAGCCUUGGUUCAAUGCAAUGGAGAUUUUGCAAGAGAAAGAUGGAGUGGACACUGAGCUGCUGGUCUAUGCUAUGACCCUGAUUAACAAGACACUUGCGGCGCUGCCUGAUCAGGACUCCUUCUAUGAUAUGGUCGAUAGUCUGGAGGAACAAGGCAUGGAGACAGUAUCCCGGAGACACCUGGGAAGGAAAGGCAGUGAUCUGGACUUAGUGGAGCAGCUCAAUAUCUAUGAGAUGUCUCUACGACAUGAAGAUGGCGAUGACGACAGCCAGCCCCCACCCACAGGAUGCCGUGAUCGUCGACGCGUCAGCCUCGGGGGAGCGGAGAAACAGCGAGGCCUCGAGAGGCGUCGGAGCCGUCGGGCCUCGCUGGGGAGAUCUGGACAGGCGUCCCCCUGCAGCCCCGCAUCCCCACACAGGGCCGGUUUCCAACCUUUCAGCGGACACAGAGCAGAGGACCUUAGUGAGAGAGAGGAGGAAUGUGGCUUAGACGAGGAGGAGGUGGAGGAGGAGGAGUUGGAGGAGGAAGAAGAAGAGACUCCUGUGACUGAAUCUGAUUCGGAUGAGAAGGAGGGGGCUAAUCAGACCACCUCCAGGGCUGCAUGCCCUACAUCCACCGUUCACAGGACCACUCUUCAGUCCAUCACCAUCUCCUCCAGAACCAUAAAGAACAAUGCGCAGAAGCAUCAGGCAGAAAUAUCCCCGCCAUCUACAUCAUCACCCUCUACCCUGACGCCCCCUUCUACAGAGUUCUGUAGUCUCGGCCCCGAGACCCAGCCGUCCCUCCUGGCCACCCUGUUGGCUAGGAAAAGGUCUAUGGUCACCGUCCCUGCCACCAAGGAGGUCAGCCUGCCGCUGCGUGGCAGCUCCCGUCCGUCCCCGGACCACAUGCCCUAUCUGCCCCACUCUCCCUUCCACCUUUUCUCGUAUGAUCUUGAUGGGGAGCCGGCACCAUCAGCUCAGGCUAAACGCAGUGAGGAGUCGCCCAAAACAACACCUCCCAGGAAUGGAGGCACGUCCUACUCCUCCCUCAGCACCCCAAGCACACCCACAAGCUCAAGGGUAGCGUUAGGAGGACUCCUGUCGUCCUCGUACAGACAGCACCAGGAGUCUCUGGCUGCUGAGCGAGAGCGCCGCCGUGUGGAGAGAGAGGAGAGGCUGCAGAGGAUAGAGCGAGAGGAGAGGAACAAGCACAGCCGUGACUAUGUGGAUAAAAUGGAAGAGGCCAGGCUUGCGCGGGAAGAGCGAUAUAAGAACGUAGAACGUCUGGCGGCGGAGGAGUACGAGAGGGACCGUGUCCGGGUGUCGAAGAUUCGCGCUGACCUCAGCCUCCCCUUUGAACCCUCAGAGGCCUGGCCCUCAUCAUCGCGCAGCAGCACGCCAUCAUCUUUCGCCUCCCAGGAGGAGGCAGAAGCCGAUCUUGAAUCCGAGACGCCAGGCACUGCCUGCAUACCUUCUGAGGCUGGAGAAGCUGACAACUCCAGUGCCAGUGUAGAAACAGAGGAGAAACAGGUAGAAGCUGCUGCAGAGGAAGUGGAAGAGCAGAAGCAAGAAGAGGACGAAGACGUGCAGGAGGAAGUAGCAGCAGACAAGGAGCAGGACAUAGAGGAGACUGAGCAGGAAGCAGAGAAGCAGAGAGAGGAAGAAGCGGAGGAGGACAGUGGCAUCCUUAGUGACAAGGAGCGACAAAAUGAGGAGGUAAAUGAGAAGGACAACUGCUCGGCUUCCAGCAUCUCCUCUGCCAGCAGCACCUUGGAGAGAGAGGAGAGGGGGAGCGCUGAGAAUGGCUUUAAGGAGGCAGAAGUGAAUGGAAAUUGCAACAAACUACUUGAUAGCAAACUCUUCAUGCUGGACAUGCUGUACUCCCAGAGCCCAAAGCCCAGUGCUGAGGAGGAAGAGGAGGAUGUGGAGAAGGCAACAGAGAAGGGAGAGGGGGAGGAAGCGGAUAGGGAAACCCAUCAAGAGGCUAACCCGGAGAACAAAAAUAAGGAGGACAUAUCAGAGCAUCAUGGGAGUAUCCGUCCAUUUGCUGAGCGGUUCGGAGACCUGGUCAAAGACCUUGGCUCGUCUCACCCUUACCUGGACGCCCCGGCCAACGAGCCCCCUCCCCCCCCUCCUAAGAAGGAAUCGGAUACCAUCUGGGACCAGCUCCUGGCCAGCCCACGAGAGCUAUGCAUCAGGGACAUUAACUUCACUGAUCUGACAGAGGACGACGACAAGGACAUUCUGGAUGCUGUUCUGAUGGGAGGGUGUAGUGACCUUCCACCUCCACCACCUCCUCCACCCUUCAUCCCCCGCUUUCCUCCACCACCCCCCAUUCUAGGUGGGUGCCCCCCACCCCCUCCCCUAAUUGGUGUUAUGAGGCCUCCACCCCCUCCCUCCUUUAGCACUCCAGCAACAUCGUCCUCUCCCUCAGAGCCACCUCUCUUCAACAAAAAGAAGAAGACAAUCAGGCUUUUCUGGAGCGAGGUGCGUCCAACUGACUCUCAGUACCGGGACCACAAAUGGAGCGGAGACUCCUUCUGGUCCAAAGUAGAACCUGUAAAGUUAGACACAGCCAAACUGGAACAUCUGUUUGAGACCAAAUCAAAGGAAAUAUCAGUAACAAAGAAAACAGCAGCGGAUGGCAAACGUCAGGAGAUCAUCGUCUUGGAUUCCAAGAGAAGCAACGCCAUCAACAUCGGCCUGACGGUCCUGCCUCCUCCUCGCACCAUCAAGACGGCCAUCCUGAACUUUGAUGAGUAUGCACUCAACAAGGAGGGCAUAGAGAAACUCUUGACAAUGAUCCCAACAGAGGAGGAGAAGCAGAAGAUCCAGGAAGCCCAGCUAGCCAACCCGGAUGUCCCGCUGGGUUCAGCAGAGCAGUUUCUCCUCACUCUUUCCUCCAUUAGCGAGCUCUCUGCCAGACUCCAGCUCUGGGCAUUUAAGAUGGACUAUGAAGCAACGGAGAAGGAAGUUGCAGAGCCACUGCAGGACCUGAAGGAGGGAAUGGAGCAACUGGUGAAGAACAAAACUCUCCGAUACAUCCUGUCUACACUGCUUUCCAUUGGAAAUUUCCUCAAUGGUGUCAGUGCCAAAGGCUUUGAGCUGACCUAUUUGGAAAAGGUUCCAGAAGUGAAGGACACAGUCCAUAAACAGUCUCUGCUGCAUCACGCUUGCUCUGUGGUGGUGGAAAACUUCCCAGAGAGCACUGACCUCUACUCCGAGAUAGGAGCCAUCACACGUUCUGCAAAAGUAGAUUUUGAUCAGCUGCAGGAGACUUUGUGUCAAAUGGAACGUCGCUGCAAAGCUUCUUGGGACCACCUGAAGGUGAUCGCCAAGCAUGAGAUGAAGCCCCAGCUGAAGCAAAAAAUGUCUGACUUCCUCAAAGAUUGUGCUGAAAGAAUCAUCAUCCUGAAGAUCGUUCACCGCAGGCUAAUCAACAGGUUCCACUCCUUUCUGUUGUACCUCGGUCAUCCAGCCUAUAGCGUGAGAGAAAUCAGCGUCAACCGCUUCAGCAAAAUCCUCAGCGAGUUCGCUCUAGAGUACAGAACAACCAGGGACCGCGUGCUGCAGCAGAAACAGAAACGAGCCGAUCACCGGGAGCGCAACAAAACUCGGGGCAAAAUGAUCAUGGACAUGAACGCACCUUCUGAUGAUGAAGAAGAGCGAGAGUGUGUUCGCAAUGGUUCAAGCUGCAGUAACACUGGCGCCCCUAGUGGCCAGGACAGUGACCAGCCCCAGGGUCUGGGCCACACUGAGGAUGCUGCAGAGCAUGAGCACAUGAAGGCUGUGCUGAGAACAAGCCUAACAGGCAGCGACAAAGAUGGCGUUGGAGUGCCAGGACUCAGGUCACGAACCAGAUCUCGGCCAGGACGAGGAGGUCGCACCAUGCAGGCAUGGACGUCAGCAGUGGAGGACACGCAGGCCUGUGGAGAUGAUGCUGCAGAUGAGAUCAUGGAGCGUAUAGUGCGCUCAGCCACACAGGGUCCAGGAACCAGAACACAGCCCAGAGAGAGGAGGAGAUCCAGAGCCAACCGCAAAUCAUUGAGGAGGACUCUUAAAAACGGCCUGACACCAGAAGAAGCUCUCGCUUUGGGGUUGACUGAUUCUCCAGACACAUAAACAUCUCCCUUCACCUUGACCCCCACCUCCCCCUCACCUAUCCCCACUGCUGUCUAAACCGGGCUGCUUAUGUCAGUGUGAGACGGCUGUGUCAUCCUUAUGAGUUUUAGCCCACCAGCCAAAAGCCGCUUCAGGUUUUUCACCAGCUGCUGCUAAUGUUUUUGAGUGAAGACGCCACCAGCUUGAUAGUGUGUGUGUGUUCACUUUUGUAUUAAGUACAGAAGCAGAAAAAUGAGGUGAAGAAAGACGUGUUCUCUUAAAGACAAGUUUAAAAAUCUCUUUCAGAGUCCCAGGUAUUAUAAUGAAUUGAACAUCCUGAAUUUUUCCAACGUUCUUUUUUAAAGAAAUCCAAAGGGAUCCUUUCUGAUUCAUUGAAGCUGUGAAUUUUUGCUGAAAAGCAUUGGAUAGGAAUUUUAAGUUGUUUUUAAAUCAAAUUCCAGGUGAUUCCCUAAAAAAGAAGAAAGUAUUGUACAUAUAAAAUAGGAAUGUGAAAGAUUUUCAGUCUGAUGAGUGCCUUUCUUUUUAAAAGAAACAAUGCUGUACCUUCACAAUCACCAUCCGAGCUCUAGUGGCUCCAAAGUGUUACAUUUACAGUAUUUAUUUUGCAAAGCUUUGACAUCUUGCACCUUAACUGACAUUUAUCGUCUCUUAUGCUGAAACCAGUGACUGAAAUGGAGAAGUGUUUAAUCUCAGAGGAACUUUUUUGUAAAGUGUAAAAUACAACGAUAAUGAAAUUUGUGAUGGAUAUGCAGAGACUCUGCAUUAAAUGUGUAAAUGCCCUCGUCAGGUACAAAAACCUGUAGUUAUACAGUGUGCACAUUUAGUAAGGUGGUGUAAUAUUUUUGUAGAAACUUGUAUUAUAGUCUGUGAGAAAGGUGGAGUUUCUGUGGAUUUUUAUUGUAAAGAAAACCCAUGACAAAUGUGUCUAUCCUGGAAAUCUUUUUUUAUGUUGGAGUGAGGAAGUGUUUGGACUUUUGUUUUUGAUCUCUGUGGUUACGUUUUACUCAGUCUGAACUUGAAUAAAGGACAUGGAGCGGUUCGAGGUGUGCGGUUCGAGGUGUGCGCUUCUCACUGCGAGAUAAACACAAAGAAGCGCCUACAGACGCUUUCACUUGAAAUGCCGUGUUAAACACAUUCUGCAAUAAAAGCAAAUGAAUGUCA